AUGGACGUUUUCUUGGUUCCGCAGAAGCUGAAAGCAGAUGUGGCCCAAAAGAUCAUUGAAGUGGAGGAAAAGAUCUCUACGGUGGCAAACGAAAGCAGCGCCGUGGAGGCUGAGCUGACGGCGUUGGAGGCAGACGCCAAGAGCUUACACAACGCUGUGAAAGAACUUGGGGAACAGCUGGAGUUCAUAAAAAUCUCGGACGUCCGAGGUGCCUUGGAUAGCAUCACCAAAUAUUUCCAGAUGUCGCUGGAUGCGGAAAAAAGAGCCAACGCAUCAGUUUUGCUUCCCGGCAGCCUCAUUGAACAGUCCGCCGAAAUGCGCCUGGAAGUGGAGAGUCUGAUCAAGACGGCGGCCACCUUCCAGGCUACACAGGAAGAGCAGUCCCGUCUCUUGGACGAACUGGCGGGCAAGCUGCACCUGGAUUUGGCGGAAGUGUCGGAGAAGAUGUGUGGGACCCCUGGGUCUUCCUGUGCCGAUUCCCCCUGUGGUGGGUUGAGCUGCCAAACUGAAGAUGGGGUGAAGAAAUGGGGACCCGGGUGCGAAGGUCUGGUGACGGUGGCUCACACCGCCUGGCAGAAAGCCAUCGAUUUUGACCGAGACAUCUUGAGCGCUCUGGCGGAGGUGGAACAGCUGUCCAAAUGGUUUCGGAAGCCAAACAACGGGCCGACGAGGCCAAGCAGAACGCCGCAACAUUUUACUGAAGACCAACGCCACCAAGGAGCAAGUAGACCAGAGCAACAAGGACCUCAGAAAUCUGAUACAUCAGAUCAGAGAUUUUUUGAUGAAAUUGGAGGCACACGAAAAAGGACCUUGAUCGUCCUAAUCUUUGAAACCAUCGACCCGGGAGAGAGCCAGAAAGCUGCCUUAUAG